AUGAUCUUCCAAAGCCAAAAACUACUGAUGUUGUUAGGAAAGGCUCCCUGGCUGAGUACACUGUGGCAGAGGAGAAGGAUGAUGGCCGACGCUGGCGAAUGUUUAGGAUCGGAGAGCAGGACCACAGGGUGGACAUGAAGGCAAUUGAACCGUACAAAAAAGUUAUCAGUCAUGGUGGUUAUUAUGGUGAUGGGUUAAAUGCCAUUGUUGUGUUUGCUGUUUGCUUCAUGCCUGAGAGCAGCCAGCCUAACUACAGAUACCUAAUGGACAAUCUAUUUAAGUAUGUAAUUGGCACUUUAGAGCUGUUAGUAGCAGAGAACUAUAUGAUAGUUUACCUGAAUGGUGCAACAACACGGAGAAAAAUGCCAAGUUUAGGCUGGCUUAGGAAAUGUUACCAGCAAAUUGAUAGAAGGUUAAGGAAAAAUCUGAAAUCGUUGAUCAUAGUUCAUCCUUCCUGGUUCAUCAGAACGCUCCUGGCCAUCACAAAACCUUUUAUUAGCUCAAAAUUCAGCCAAAAAAUUAGGUAUGUCUUUACCCUGGCAGAACUAGCUGAACUGAUCCCCAUGGAAUACGUUGGCAUCCCAGAAUGCAUAAAACAGUAUGAAGAAGAAAAGUUUAGAAAGAAACAGAAAAGAGUUGACCAAGAGCUGAAUGGAAAACAAGAGCAGAAAAGUGAACAGUAAGUUUGGAGUCCAGACAAGACUGAAGAAUCCGCAGAUGGAACAAUGCUGUUUGUGCUCCAUUACAGUGCAUUCUCUGUGUGUAUGUAUUUUAUAAUCUGUUGCAAAAGGUGCUUUGGACUAGCACACAAUGAACUGCUUACUGCUGUAUUGGUUUGUCUUGACUUUAAUUGCUGUUUAUGUAAUCGUUUUAUACUGCUAAAUGGCAAAGAACUCUGUGUUUUCAAAGGAUGUUCUUGCAAUUGUUUAUCUAAAUGAUGCAUGUUCUUCAGUAAAAUAUUUAUAUACCUAAAUGUUAAAGGAAAGAGAUAAUAUAUAUAUUUUUAUGACGGAGCAAUAUAUUGUGUGUACCUGCUGAAGGAAUUCAUUUGCAGGUAGACAAGGCCAUAAGUUACUUGUUGUUAUUGUAUAAAUCUGUUUUGCUGUAAAUGGUCAAGUGCAUUUCUUUGUUGUCAUGAAAACUUGUUUGGAUAUUAAUGAUCAUUAACUUGACUUUCACAAAUACAGAGAUCCUUAUUUUUGUUCAGUUAGCUUAUAAAGCUCACUCCUUUACCUCAGUGGAGUGAGCUUCAACUUUGGUGUCUUUCAGUCCCUUGUUCAGGAUGCAGAACUGCAGUUCUGUGGGUGGCAGUUUGUUGGCCACGAGGUUUAAGUCUAAGCCACAAAAGCUGAACUGUCUGACUGGUAAGAUACCAGACCUUUUUCAGAUGAAGUUGUGAAUUUAGGUUCUGCUUCAGUAUGUCAAGACUGUCUCAGCUAGCAGUAGGAAAUUAGUUCAUUGCAGUUUUUUGUGGAUGAAUCUUGAUUGUUACUGGUAGGAACUCUGGUCGUGCUCCAUAGAGCAUGGGAGCUACACAGGUACUCUAGCCACAAUACCAUUUUUUGGGCAGAAAUAUGAGAAGUCUUAUACUACCUGUGUCAUUCUUGUAGAUGAAACAUCAAUUUCUAAAGCUGUUAGGCACAUGAUACCAGCACUAAUUUAACUUUUAAGAAGUGUUUUAAAGGUUGGGGUGUUUUGACUCCCCACAGUGGUGGUAAAUCUGGGUCUGUAAGAGUUGUUCUUGGGCAUAUAACUAAUGUGCAUAGGUUUACUGGGACAACAGUAAUGCACUGAUUGAUACAUUGUAAAAGUUUGUAACAUCUUUUGAUAAACGUUGCAUUUUCCAUGUAAGGGCAGGUGUAUGCAAAUAAAUUCAUUCAGGAGUUGAGCAAUAUAAUGUCGCAGCAAGUAUAUUAAAUCUUUGCUUUUGGUGUUUAUUGUGCUCACAAUUUUGUCUUAAUGCCAAAAAAUAUCACUUUUUAACUGUAUUUAAUGUUACUCAGUUACCUUAUUAAAAAAAA